AUGUUACAAGUUAAGAAAUUGUUUACAGACAAAGCAAAAUAUGGCCGUUUCGGAGAUGUCGGACACUGUCAACUUAUGGUGUAUAAAGAAGAUGCUGACAACUAUAGAAAUAUGGUCGUAAGACCGGACGAUGUUUGGGUGGCCACGUUUCCACGCUCUGGGACAACUUGGACGCAAGAAAUAGUCUGGCUGAUCAUGAAUGACUUUGACUUCGACAAGGCUAUGAAGAUUCCUAUGCAAGACAGAUUUAUGUUCCUGGAAGUGAAACAUACAAAGCUUUUGGUACCGCAGAAAAGCCAAAGCAUAGAUCCAGAGUUACUUCAAGGAUUACUGUCAUAUACGCCCUCUUAUGAUGAAGUACACGCCGCACCUUCUCCUCGGUUCAUCAAGACACAUUUGCAUUUCUCACUUUUACCUACUAACCUCCUGGAUACUACCAAAGUGGUAUAUGUAGCCCGAGACCCUAGGGACGUCGCUGUGUCCUAUUACCAUCAUAAUAAAUUGCUUUGGGAUUAUACAGGAGACUUUAAAAGUUAUUGGAACCUUUUUAUAAGUGAUUUAGUUAUCUUUUCUCCAUUUUUCCCACAUUUAAAAGAGGCAUGGGCACUCCGUCACCAUCCGAACUUGAUGUUCAUAUUUUACGAAGACAUGACAAAGGAUUUACCAUCAACUGUUAAACGGAUAGCAAAUUUUCUUGGCAAAGAAGCUACAGACGAGAAAAUUAUGAAGCUUUGCGAACACGUGGACAUAAACAACUUCAAGAAAAAUAAGUCAGUGAACCCAUCAUGGAUGGCCAAGAUUGGCAACCCUAAUAGCGAGGGAUUCAUAAGAAACGGUAAAUCUGGCACAUGGCGCGAGCAGUUCGACAAGGAGAUGGUGGCGCAGGCGCAGCGCUGGAUGCGCGAGAACCUCGCCGGCUCCGACCUGCGUUUCCCUGCAUGA